AUGCGGUGCCACUACGACGUCCUCGAGGUCUCCCGCGACGCCACCGCCGCGGAGCUCAAGAAGGCGUACCGGAAGCUCGCGCUGGAGUGGCACCCGGACAAGAACGCGCAUCGACACGACGAGGCGGAGGCGCGAUUCAAGGAGGUUCGCGGCGCGUACGAGACGCUGUCCGACGCCAACGAGCGCGCGUGGUACGACUCGCACAGGGAGGCGAUCUUGAAGGCGGGCGCGCACGCCGCGGGCGGCGAGGGCGCGCGCCCGGAGGACGAGAUCAACCUGAUGCCGUACUUCAACGCCUCCUCCGCGUUCCGCGGGUUCGACGACGCCCCGGGAUCCUUCUACGACGUCUACCGAAAACUCUUCGACGCGCUCGACAAGCAAGAGCAAGCCGCGUCGUUGGCGGCGGGGAAGGACUCGUUCACGCCCGCGCCCACAUUCGGCGACGCCGCCUCGCCGUGGGACGUCGUCCGCAAGUUCUACGCGCACUGGGGGCUGCACGCGACGAUGAAGACGUUCGCGUGGGCGGACGAGUACAACCUCGCCGAGGCGGCGAACCGCAAAGGUGCGUUCAUCACGUUUACACCGGUCCCCAUACGACCCCGUCGGCGUGGUGAACGCCGAUCCUUAAGGACUUUACUUCCCGGCGUAUGUUUCUCUCCGCCCAUCACCCCUCGCUUUCUUCAUCAAUCCCGACACACCGCGACGCCUUUGAACGCCAUCUGA